CUCCAAGAUGGCGGCCCCGCGUCUCGUCAGCGCCAGUAGGCAGUAGCGCUCGAUGCUGCGUCUACUUAUAAGAUGUCUAUGGUUGCAGUGGUCACGGCUCAGUUUUGGACAGGGCGGCUGUUUUAUUAAGAGCUCAAAUUUACUAUCAACCAGCUAUACAGAAGCCCUGGAAGUGGAAGUGGAGUUUACAGCAUGGGAGUGUUACCAGACGCAAAGAUCUAGGACUUGUUACAACAUGGACGACAACUGCUAUGCUAAGAUGGCGACUUCUGGUAAAAGUCAACACGGAAAAGAAUCAGCGCCACCAACUACCAGCAACUCAUCAACGGAGAAAAAGAGGAAAAAAGCAGAUACAGCCCAGGAAGCUGAAGUGGAGUUUUAAAGCAUUGGAGUGCUGCCGGACACAAAGGUUUAGGACUUGUUACAACAUGGACGACAACUGCUAUGCUAAGAUGGCGACACGAAGAGAAGACGGAAAAGAGUCAGCGCCACCAACUACCAGCAACUUAUCAACGGACAAAAAGAGGAACAUUGCAGAUAAAGACGUCCAGCCGCUGAUUGGUCAUUCCCCUCAGCCGCAAGGGAUCUCCACUUGGAAGGAGGAGAAUAUCCAUUCCCUCCAUGUUAAGGAGGAAGAGGAAGAAUUGCAAAUUACUCGGGAUGAGUGUCGUCAAGGGCCGACGGAGGCGGAUCUCGCCAAGUUGCUGCUGACUGUUGUCUCUGUGAAGACUGAAGACCGUGAAGAUAAACCACAAGACCAGCAGCUGAUUGGUCAUCAAGACGAACAUUCCUCUCAGCCGCAAGAGAUCUCCACUUUAAAACAGGAGAAUCUGCAUUUCUUCCACGUUAAAAAGGAAGAGGAGGAACUCUGCAUCACUCCAGAGGGAGAAUUUAUUCCCGGGCCCGAGCAAGCUGAUCCCACCAAGUUGCCACUGACUGUUGCCUCUGUGAAGACUGAAGACCACGGAGACGAACUACAAGCAGACAACCUCUUAGCGCCACUAUCAAAUAGUGAGGCUGAAGACUCGGUUAAAGAACCUUCAAGCAGCGAUACAGACUGUGAAGGUGAUAUGAGGACUCACACUGACAACAAACACUCUAAAAGCUCGAAAAUGAAGACAGACAUCCAGCAGCUGACCGGACAUCAAGAAGAGCCGCAAGAAAUCUCCACUUCAAAGCAGGAAAAUAUCCAUUCCGUCAACUUUAAAGAGGAAGAACUCUGGAUCACUCGGGGUCAGUGUCUUCUAGGGCCGAAGGAGGCUGAUCCCACCAUGUUGCCACUGACUGUUGUCUCUGUGAAGACCGAAGACUACGAAGACAAAACCCAAGACCGACAGCUGACUGGUCAUCUAGAAAAAUAUUCCCCUCAGGUAGAAGAGGUCUUCACUUUAAAGCAUGAGAAUCCGCAUUCCCUCCGCUUUAAAAAGGAAGAGGAGGAAUUCCGGAUCACUCAGGACUCGGAGAGAAAACGUCUUCGAGGGCCGGAAGAGGCUGAUCCCACCAAGUUGCCGCUGACUGUGAAAUCUGAAGACUAUGAAGACAAACCCCAAGACCAACAGCUGACUGGUCAUCGAGAAGAAUAUUCUCUUAAGGUAGAAGAAAUCUUUACUUUAAAGCACGAGAAUCCACAUUCCCUCCGCUUUAAAAAGGAAGAGGAGGAAUUCCGGAUCACUCAGGACUCGGACAGAAAAUGUCUUCGAGGACCGGAAGAGGCUGAUCCCACCAAGUUGCCGCUGACUGUGAAAUCUGAAGACUAUGAAGACAAACCUCAAGCUGAGAACCUCUUAGCUCCACUAUCAGAUAGUGAGGCUGAAGACUUGGUUGAAGAACCUUUAGGCAGCGAUACAGACUAUGAAGGUGAUAGGAGGACUCAGACUGACAACAAACUCUCUAAAAAGAAGAAGAAAGAACCUUUGACGUGUUUGGUUUGUGCCAAAAGCUUUACUCAAAAGAGCCUUUUGACAAGACACAUGAAAACACACAAAGGAGAAAAACCAUUUAGUUGUUCAGUAUGCGGGGCAAAAUUCACUCUGAAGUCAAGUAUGGUGAGACACAUGAACACGCACACAGGAGUAAAACCCUUUAGUUGUUCAGUUUGUAGCAAAAGAUUCUUAGAAAAGAAAAAUAUGGAAAGACACGCGCAAACGCACACAGGAGAAAAACCGUUUAGUUGCUCCGUAUGUGGCAAAAGAUUCACCCAGAAGGGAACGAUUGCAACACACAUGAGCACACAUGCGGCAGAAAAAGCCUUUAGUUGUCCAGUUUGUGGGAAAAGAUUCACGUUCAAUUCAAGUUUGGCAAGGCACAUAAACACGCACAAAGGAGAAAAACCCUUUAGUUGUUCGGUUUGCGAUAAAAGAUUCCUAGAAAAGGUGGAUGUAAAAAGACACAUGAGGACACACACGGGAGAAAAGCCCUAUGGUUGCUCUGUCUGCAGUAAAAGAUUCAGUCAGAGGGGAAGUAUGCUCACACACAUGAGCUCGCACAUAGAAGGAAAACCCUUUGGUUGUUCUGUUUGCGGUCAAAGAUUUUUCUUGGAACCCACAAUGACCAGACACAUGAAAACACAUACAGGACAACGACCCUUUAGUUGCACAGUUUGUGGUAAAAAUUACAUUUUUCAGGCACAUUUGACUGAACACAUGCAGACACACAGUAAAAAGUAAAGGUCUUCCUCUCUAGUUUGUGCUAAAAUUGCAAUGUCAGUUGUGAGAAGUCGCAUGAAAAGCAAUGACGUGUUGUGUUUAUGAUAAACUCAUUCCAUCAUGAGUUGGUGUGUAAAAAUAACGCAUAGACAACCUUCAUUGGUUGAUGACAACAUGAACGCGUGUUUUUCUCACCUUUCUUCUUUUGAAUUAGAGCAGGGGUGUCAAACUAAUUUUAGCUCAGGGGCCGCAUGGAGGAAAAUCUGUGCACACGCCGGCUGGACUAUUAAAAUCAUGGCAUUAAAAACUAAAAAAUAAAGACAACUUCAGAUUGUUUUCUUUGUCUUACUUUGGCCAAAAAUAGAACAAACACAUUCUGAAAAUAUUACAAUAAAAAUAUUGAAAAAAAUGCCGGCAGCAGUAAAGUUUAGAUCCAUAAAUUAAAGAAGAAAGUGAAUUAAUGUUUAUAGCUGAUUAAAUUUACAUAUGUAUGUAACAUUUGUUUUGUUUUGUAUUAUUUUUAAUGAAUUAAGUAACGUUUAUGACAACCUUUUUGCAAAACACAAUAUAGAAUGUGAGAUAUAACAGGAUAAUGCAUACAUUUAUCAUUGGUUUUCAAAACGCUUACAAAAAAGUGGGACCCCAAACAUUUACUGUGGGACCCCAUUUUUAUGACU